GCUCGGCGUUAUUUUGCACUCGGACACAAAGUCACGCCGAGAAGCAGCAGCUUUGAACCGCAGUGCUCGAUAUACCCGCUUAAAUAUCACAAUUAAAAGAGCCAACAUGGCGGACUCCACGGAGCUGAAGCUGGACUUUACUCUGAAACAGUUGACUCUUUCCUGUCAGUCAGAGAACGUGGAUGUGCCCGGCAGCUCGUCCACCGUGGAGCUGCGGGACAACAGACUGGUGUGUGUGGAGUAUCCGGCGGUGGUCAGCAGUGUGGACAACAUGCUGGAGACUCUCGGGGGCGAACAAGCGUUUACCAAAACCUUCGCUCACCCCAACAGACGUCUUGAGCUGCGUUACCGACCCCAGGACCCUUUCUGUCACUCCGUCUGUGGAAACCGCUUUCCCUCCAGCAACCUCCUCCUCAGAGUGCGGCGGCGAGUGCGGAAAAAGGAUCCCAAGGAUGCUGAGAUCCACAUGGAUAUACUCGGAGUCAUAGGAACGACAUACAAAUUCCAAGGGAUGGCAGACUUUCAGUGCCUCGCGGUGCAUUCAGAAGGCGGAAAAGACACGUCUUUGUACGACAAAAUCAUCCUCCGCAAAUCAGAGAAUCAAGAGUUCUUUGAGCAGCCCAUGCCUUACUUUCUUCCCCCGGCCAUCUUCUCACGUCUCGACUGCCCUGUGGAUUAUUUCUACCGGCCUGAUGUCAAUCAAAACCAGCCGGCCAUCAAUAAGAAGAACUUUAUUGGUUUGAAUCGCGCUCGUCGGCCCCACAAUGCCAUUUUUGUAAGCUUCAGUGAUCCCACAGUGCCCAACGAGUCCCUCGAGGCUGCCAGGAUCAACUGGACACGAGUCUGCCUAAAGGAGCUCGACAAGCAGGCUGAAGAACAACUGAAAAAGAUGUUUGAGAGUCGGCCCAUCUGGUCACGAAACGCAGUCAAGGCCAACAUCAACAUCCACCCUGAUAAACUAAAGCUGCUGCUGCCCGUCUACGCCUACUACAUGGUGACAGGCCCGUGGAGAAGUCUGUGGGUGAGGCUGGGCUAUGACCCCCGAAAGAGCAAAGAGUCCAAGAAAUACCAGAUGCUGGACUUUAGGAUCCGCUGUAGCACCAAGCACGGGUAUUCAUUAUCAGAUCUGCCAGUAAAAGCCAAGAGGAGUGCCCUUAACUACAGUCUGCCUAUCACAUUAAACAAAGCCGGUCCCCAGCCAGCUAGUGUGAUGGAGCUCCCAGCUCAAGAGGGUCCGAGCACCAGUCGAGAUCAACUCCCAGUCACAUACCAGCUGAAGGAGUCAUCCUACAUUUUCAGAGAUGGCAUGCUGCCCCCUCACAGACAGAUGUUUUACCAGCUCUGUGACUUGGAUGUGGAAAGUAUCAAACAGGUGGUCGAACAGAACAGCGGUAAUGAGCUAUGUGACGAGCGGGACGGCUGGUGUGUUCUCGGUACCACAGACAAGCUGAGGGACAUGAUCUCAGCCAUGAUCAAGAAGGUCACCCGAGCCCAGAAACCAAUGUUGCCAGAAUUCCCUAAGAAACGCAGACGCAUAGGACUAAGUUUAAAAUCCCCAGAGAGAGAUGUGGAUACGGAGGAAGAGGUGCAGGACGAUGAGAACAAGGAUGAUGAAGAGGAAGAUGAUGAUGAGUUUCAGCCGUCCGAGGGAAGCGAAAAUGAGAUGGAGACAGAAAUCCUGGAUUACAUUUAACUAAUUUAAUCUUGACUGUUUUUAUAUUUUCAAUUAUUCUUUUCUGUAAGAGGUGGUAAGAGAGGUAUGUUUGAAUUCCUUUUUGAGUUAAAUGUAAAUAAAAAUGGUAUUUCUCUUGG